AUGAAUAAGAACUCACAUCCAAAGGUGAAUUAUAAGCACCCUAAUGGACUACCGACACUACUUCAUCUAUCACAAAUAUCAAUAAAACGUCAUAUAACUCAAUUACAAGAUGUUGGAGCAACACCAUUUCAUUUAUUAGAACCAAUACUAAAAUUAAUGUCAUCUAAACAAUUAAAUCAAUUGGAAGAUUUAUCAAAUCAAUUAAUGCCAUAUACUGAUGAGAUUUGGAGUCAUCUAAUAAAAAAAGAUUUCCCCGAUAGACCAACAAAUAUAGGACCAUUAACUUCAACCACCAAAUUAAAAUUUGAUAAGAUGCCGUAUAAAUCACUAUAUUUCAAAUAUGUUAAACAAAGAGAUGAUUUUAGAAAAGAUUCAGCUAAUAGAUUAAGACAUAUGAAUAAUACCUUAAAAAAGGAAAAAACAAUGAAUCAAAUUGUAACUGUUGAUGAAAUACGACGAGAUCCAUCAAUUAAAAGAAGAAAUUAUGAUUCUUCAGGGAAUUUUAGAAGAAGUACUCAACCUUUAAAUAAAAACACUAUAUUAGGUAAGGCAUUAAGAGAAUCUCAAUCAAGAUCAUUAAUGUUUGGUAAAACACCUACAAAAAGAUUCGAUCCUUAUGAUGCAUUCAACUAUAGAGAUGAUGUUCCAAUAAGAGCUCCAAGAUCAUCAAUUAAUAGAACUACUUUUUUUAAUCAACCUAAUACACUCAAUAGACCUAUACAGCCACCUAUUAAGAUAAAUAAAUCUAUAAAUCAGCCUAAAUCCACACCAAAAUCUGCGUCGCCUCCACCAUCACCAGCAGAAGUUGCUGAAAUUGCAAGAAAAAGAAGACUACAACAACAACAACCGUCUAUAUUUUUGAAAUCUAGAAAAAUUCAAACUUCUCCAUCACCUACAAAAGUGAAAAAGAAACCACAAUCACAAGAAAAAGAAUCACCUAGUAAAAUUAAAUCAAUGAAAUCUUCUAUUUUUAGUUAA